UUUUCGUAGCUCAAUGCGAACGGACGCUAACGGUCGUCGCCCCGAAUUGUGGGAGAUCGCGAUAAAAUUUUUACAUCGAGUGUGCGAGCCAUUUUUUUGCGGAACAAUUUAUUAUUGUGAUUGUUGAAGAAUGGUUUUUUUCUUUAUUUUUUUUUUAAUGAAUUGUGAAGCGUGUAAAUAAUUGAUUGAGAAAGAUUUUUGAUUGAAUUAUUAAUUGCAAGUGAAGUGACAGAGGAUAGUGGUUUAGUGGAAUAAUAUUUUUCUAGUGGAUUUUUCAGAGAAUGCGACACCCCCCACAACAUCCAAAACUCAACAAAAGAAGAUAGCAGUCACCUAAAAUGACUAUUAAUUUAAGUAUAUCAUGUAAAGUGCUACAAAUGUGACCACGAAUUAGUGCCAAAACAAUGCUUUGCUGUAGAGAACUUAAACUACUCUACGCCACUAUAGUUCUGUUACUUGAAGCCGAGUUGUUAGUGAACAUAGGUGCUAUGGAGUCGAAAAGGUCUUCCAUUUUGGUUGCGCAAAACGCGGAUGACUUAAAGUCUUUAGAAUUAUGCACGACAAGGAAUCAACAGCGGCUUGGGAGCGUGUUCGGAAAUUUUACAAGGCACCACAAAAAAGGUCACAGGAGAAGAACAACAACAACUUCUCCAACCCCAACAACGGUAACAUUCUCAACAACAAAUGGAGAAGAAUCAACUCAAGUGUACACAACAACGGAAUAUGUUCUAACAACAUAUCCGAAGUUGCCGAAACCACUUCGCCUCUCCUCGCUAUUAGAUAAAGAAUAUAAUGAUGAUGUACAUAAUAUAGAUAACAUUAUAGAUGAAGUAACUUUAGGUAGAGGGAGACACACUAAACACGAUAGAAUAACAGAUAAAGAAAUAAUACAAGAACUAGAAGAAACUUCGCUAUCUAAGACUAUGAAUAAAGUUAAGAAAAUGUACAGAGAUUCGACGGGUUCGACCGUUAAUAAAUUAAGUGGGAAAGGCGGUAAAGCUGGUAUAUUUUUGACUGAAAACUGUACAACAGUUAUAGCUCAAAUAGGAACGACAGCAAUACUGCAUUGUGAAGUUAGUGAUAUCACUGAAAAUACGGUGACAUGGAUAAGAAGAAAAGACUACUCUCUGCUAUCAGUCGGGCUGGUCACGUACAGUGCUGACAGCAGAUUCUUCUCAGCUCACGGCCGACAUGUAAAGGACUGGGCGUUACACAUUAGAUUUGCAACGUCAGCCGAUGCGGGGUACUACGAGUGUCAAGUUCCCACGCACCCUCCUACCAGUAUUUUCUUCAAGCUUGUUCUUGUUGCGGCUUACGCGGAGAUAGUGGGGGAAUCAGAGAAGAUAAUCCACGAAGGUUCUAUGUUGAGGCUCGUCUGUGUGGUCAAGAGGUCCACGGAGCCUCCAUCUUACGUCUUCUGGUAUUUCGAGAACAGGAUGAUUAACUAUGAUUUAAAUGGCGUAAGUGUCCACAAUGGGCGUCAAACCAGUGAGCUGGUCAUUGGCAAGGCAGAACCACGUCACGCUGGCAACUACACCUGUGUACCAGCUAAUGCUAAAGCUGCUUCGGUGACUGUUCAUGUUGUACAAAGUGAAACUCCAGCAGCGAUGCAACACGGCAAUAAUUCAUCAGGGGCCUCUUCCCAAACUCACCUAAUCGUACAUCUACUGGUGGUACUCUUUGCUCUAAGGAUGCUCUCAGUACAAAAUCAUCAGGAGUUUGGAUAACGUCACUUGUAUUAAAAGUAGUAUGUAUAAUUGUAACUAAUUUUCUGUGUAUAAACAAUACUCUCUGAUGUUAAUUGUUUUCAGCUGUAGGUAUUUGAAUAUUGUUAAGUUCUGUUCAAAGGAGUCCUAAAUUGCUAGGGUUUUUAAUUAAGGACUUGGGU